GCUCUCAUUGGUGAUUUUGUCAGCCAAUAAGGAAAAGUCUUCUUUACAAGUGUUUCUGUCCACGUGAGUUCUUCUUGUGCGUUAGCUACUAACAAAAAUGCUUCGUCGAGAGGUGAGACUGAGACGGGAGUACCUGUACAGGAAGGCACAAGAGGACAGGCUCCGAACAAUAGAAGAGAAAAAACAGAAGCUGAAGGGUGCACUUGAGGAAAAUCGUCUCCUUCCAACUGAGGUGCGCAAAGACGCCCUGCAGCUACAGAAACUACUGGAGUAUGAUGAUGAAGGGGCAGAAGGUGUCAGCUCUCACGUGGAUGACGAGUAUAAGUGGGCAGGAGUGGAAGAUCCUAAAGUUAUGGUCACUACGUCCAGAGACCCGAGCUCCAGACUCAAAAUGUUUGCCAAGGAGGUAAAGCUGAUGUUUCCUGGAGCCCAACGCAUGAACAGAGGAAACCAUGAGAUCGCUGCGCUGGUCCGAGCCUGCAAAGCCAACAACGUAACAGACCUCGUCAUUGUGCACGAAACAAGAGGACAGCCGGAUGGCCUGGUGGUGUGCCACUUGCCAUUUGGACCCACGGCUUAUUUCACACUUUACAACGUGGUAAUGAGGCAUGAUGUUCCCGACAUAGGCACCAUGUCUGAGGCAUACCCCCACCUCAUUUUUCACAACUUCUCCUCGCGGCUCGGAAAGAGGGUAUCGAAUAUCCUCAAGUAUCUUUUUCCAGUGCCAAAGGAAGACAGUAAGCGUGUAAUCACAUUUGCUAACCAAGAGGACUUCAUCUCUUUCAGACACCACACCUACAAGAAAACGGAUCACAAGAACAUAGAGCUGACAGAAGUAGGACCCAGGUUUGAAAUGAAAUUGUACAUGAUCAAACUGGGCACCUUGGAGAAUGAGAGCACUGCAGAUGUUGAAUGGCGUCAUCAUGCAUACACUCACACAUCGAAGAAAAGGAGGUUUCUCAGUGUUCAAUAGAGAGAAGAUGAAGCAUAACCAAACAAGUGUUUAUGUUGUAAUGUGUUUACUACAUGUUAGAGGAUUUAAAAAAAAACAUUUAAAGAUGUGUGAAGAUCUUUACAGUAAAUGGAGAAUUAAACUCCAUGGUGAGUGACAGUUGAUUUGCUGUUGGUGAGAUCAUUAUUCUGCUGUAUAUAUGGUUAUGUUGUUUUGUAAUAAACUGGUUUUUAUAGACUUGA